CGAGAAUCCCCACGAACCCAUCACUCCCUCCUCUCUUCCAAUUUCCACAACCAGGAGGAGAGCGGCGAUGAGGAGGUCGGCGUGGCCGGCGAUGAUGAUGAAUUGAUGAUGACAUCGAAUUGUGAGGAUUGGGGCGAACAUGUCGGGCCGUGCCACCAGAGGUCCGGGAAUAUGAUGGGUCCCGGUACGAAGUCUGGUUUCAGGUCGAGGAAAGGACCCAAACUUGCUGCUACUCUGAAUUCUGGUGUGGUGGGUUUUCGCGGCGGGUCUGGGAGAAGAGAAGAGAGGGGACACGGGUGGUGGAGCAGUGGAAGCGGAAGUGGGUGGAUUGUUGGGGAGGUUUGGAUGCCGGAGAUUGAGAGAAGAGAGGCAGCGGAUGUCACAAGAGGCGAAAGGUUUACGAGAUAAAGAAGGUGGAAGGUUUGAUUAUAAUAAGGUCGGGGAAAUGGAGGAAGUGGACAGAGUUUGACUCUGCAUUUGUCACUACCAAAAUUUGUCACUUUGAAAUUGGAAAAACUAAAGGGAAAAGGGUGAAAUAGAUAGUGAAUGAAUUAGUGUGUAGAGUUGGGGUCUUGGAGGGGUGAGAUAUAGUGAAGGAGAGUUUUGGCGAGUUUCUGAGGAAAUUUGAGUUUUGGGAAGUGAAGGAAUUGCAGCCAGCCGCUGUUUUUGAGGGAGGAGGAGGUUCCGGGAAGUGUUUUCCGGUGAGGAUAAGGUUAUAUAUCAAUUUUGGUAUAAUAAUAAUUAUUUAUACUUUAUUUAUCAUGAAAAAUUAUAUAGAAAUAGUAAAAUAUUAAUAAAAAAAAUUAAUUGCCACAUCACGGUCAACUUUGAGAGUUGAUCGCCACGUCAUCUAAAGUUAACGGAGUUGGACAGAGAAUGACCAAACUCGGAUUAUUGAACUAAUUUUAGUGACCAUGAAUAGAAUUAAAUAUUUUUA